UUACUUUUGCGUCAAAGUAACGCAUCCAUGGUGAAAAUUUUUAACAAACAAAAAAAGGCGUGAUUAUUGCAUAAAUUUUGUGCUAAGUUUGGUGUGCACUGUGAGACACGCUAAAUUUGCAUUAAAAAACUGUAACCUAUGGUUGAAAAAUUAUUGCACCCAAACGUGCUGAGAUAUUGCGUAAAAAUACCGCACCAAUAUCUCUUCAAUACCCACAUUACAUGAGGCGUUAAAAUCAUGCAAUUUAUACGCAAUGAAUGGUGGGUGCGAAGAGACAGGCAACGCGCGAGAGUUUGAAUCUAAGAGAAGCGUGGUAUUUCCUUUUCUCUCCCACCCUCGCAGUCUCGUAAAUUCCCUGUUAAUUUAAUUCCCUGUUAAUUUAUCUGUUGUCUCAAUGUCGCCAAAAAAAUAUUACAUAAUUGAAUUCCCCCCUGAUAAAUACAAUUCAGUGCCUGUGGAGCUUGUUCCAAGUCACUGGGUUAUCCCCGCAGAGAAAGUUUGUCUCUGGCCACCAAACUCUGGGCCAAGUAUUAGAAAUUUGAUAAAAAAGGGCACUGCUAUUCCUGAUGUCAAGUGGGGAAGAGUUAGCUACGCCAGGAUUAUUGGGAAUUACGAUGAUUAUGAAGUUGCGACAAAAAAACUUCAAGUAGCCGAGGACACUUCCAACUUGGAAAGUGAAACAGAACCAGAAAGCAGAUUAAGGAGCAAGAAGAUAAUUCCCGAUAUUCAGCCCAGCAGCACACGAGGGGAUGUAACGUCUUCAUCCGAUGAGGAGGAUAGCGACGCGAACAAAAACAGUCCUCCGUCUGGCUCACUUCUGGAUAAUUUGGAGCUGGACCAACCAUUGAGCAUUCCUGAAAUAAUUCCCGAAACUGAAGAGCAAAGCAAUCUACAAGUAGGAAAUCAAGUUGAAACUGGAGACACCUCUUUUGUUGUUGUAAAUUCGCAGGAGUUAAAUGAUUUACGGCUGUUGAUUUCAAGGACAACGCAAAGUGUGCUAACUUUGUUGGAAAAGCAGGCUGAAGACAUUAAAGACAUUAAGGCUUUACUGAUUAAUGUGAAACAAAGGCCGGAUGGUAGGAAGGCUCCCAAUUUCAGUGCCAUUCCAAAAUUACCCCUCGACAACGAGGUAGCACUGGCGGAGUUUGAAUCUUGGCUCGAGGUGGAUUCAAAUCGCGAAUUACUGGUUGAAUAUUUGGCAUUUUCAACUGCGACACAGAUCGAGGCGAGCACUAGAAAAAUCUUGAAAAAAUUAUUUACGAAUGAAUUUGGCAGGCGAAUUAAUUUUACGGGUAAAGGAAACAAGACAUCGAUGAAAAACCUAAAACUACUGGAAGUCGUAAAAGAAACCGUGCGAAACGUCUUUACAGUUGAGUCCGUUCCCGAUCCCAAAAAUCCCAGCGGCCGUAUUCCCACCGAUGAUAUAAUUCAAACUGCAGCAAUGAAUUGGUUUCGUUCUUCAAAAAGUAGGUGCAACGACGACGCUCCCUCGGGAAUUGCAUCAUAAUCAUGGAUCGAGAUGGAAAAUCACCGAGAAACAUUAGGCGAAUAAUUGCAAAACGGGUUAGAGAGAAUCUCACUCGUACAAAAAACAUACCUGCUAUUAGUAAUAAUCUUGUAAAUUUAGAUAUAUGUGAUUCUGUCGUUGAGGAUAGCGAUUCAGGUAGUAAUAUUAGCAAUAAUGAUACAAGCAGUAAUGUUAUCUAUAAUAGUGACGAGCCAUUAGUUUCCGAUUCACUAAGCGACAAUGGUGUAGUAGAAAAUAAUAGGAAUAUUUUAGAUUUAACACGGGACUUGAGGGACUGGUCGCUUCGACAUAACAUAACGGGAGUAGCUUUAAACGAUCUUCUACGCAUAUUUAACUUUUAUCAAGAAUUUAGAUUUCUUCCAUUGGAUAGUAGGAAAUUGCUUAAAAACUCAAUUAAAUACUCUAUGAAAACUAUCGGUCAGGGUCAAUAUGCACACUUUGAUGUUAUUCAAAAUAUAAAACGGCAAAUAGAUUCCAAUUGUAUUCUUGCUUCUGGUAGCGAAAUUAAAUUAAACCUUAUAUUUAGUUUUGAUGGAUUGCCCAUUUCUAAGAGUAACAGUAACCAGUUUUGGCCAAUUCAAGCAAAGUGUGAGCAAAGUACGUACGGCGUAUUUGUCGUGGGUUUAUUUUAUGGCAAGACAAAACCAGAAAGUAUUGACGAAUACUUGAUGGAUUUGAUAGCAGAGUUAAAAAGUUUGCGAGUUGGGAUUAGUUACAAUAAUUUGAAAAUAUUUUGUAAGGUUUCAAAAAUAAUAGCUGAUGCGCCAGCCAGGAGUUUUUUAAAGCAAUGUAAAAGUCAUAAUGCAUACAAUGGAUGCGAGAAAUGUAUAGAUCCAGGUUUCUGGAAGGGACGUGUAAUUUUCAGAACAUUCGAUAGUCCACUUAGGACAGAUCAAGAUUUUUAUGUUCAAAAAGAUAAACACCACCAUGUAGGCAUUUCCCCGUUUACGGAGCUUAAAAUUUUGAUGAUUUCUUCGGUUCCUCUUGACUACAUGCACCUCAUUUGCUUAGGUGUGGUUAUAAAACUAUUAAGAAGUUGGGUAAAAGGUCCAUUGCCAUUUAAAUUAUCUUCUCGUGAUAUUUCAACUUUAUCAAGUAAAUUAGUAUUAUUUUCGCAUAGUUGCCCUAAAGAAUUUUGUCGUAAGCCGAGGUCAGUAAAAGAGUUAGAUAUGUGGAAAGCGACAGAGUUUAGAACUUUUCUUCUUUAUACACGACCCGUCGCUUUAAAAGGAUUAUUGUCGCCGAAAAAGUAUACACAUUUUUUAAAUCUUUGCGUAGCAGUCACGAUUCUUAUAACUACCAAGGCGCAAGCAAAUAAUUGGAACGAUUAUGCACGACAGCUUUUAUUGAAGUUUGUUAAAAAUGUUCCCAAUUUAUAUGAAGAAGAGUUCUUAUCAUAUAAUAUGCAUUCUCUUAUACAUAUUAGUGAUGACGCUUUAAAGCAUGGCCCGUUAGAUUCUUUUAGUGCUUUCGAUUUCGAAAAUAAUAUGCAAGUAAUAAAGCGCUCGCUACGAGCUCACUAUAUACCUUUUGAGCAAACUGUGAAUCGCACUGCUGAGAGAGAAAAUCAUAAGUACCAGUCCCCUGUGAAUUUAAAUAGACACUGUAUUAUAAAAUCGAACGGAAAGGAUCAUUGUUUUAUAUUAAAGGAUGGGAAAGUAGUUGUUAUAAGUAGUAUAAGUAAAGAUAAAAAACAUAUAAAUUGUAGAAAAUUCAAACACUCGGACAACUUGUUCACUUGUCCGUGUGAAAGUAAAAUUUUAGGAAUAAUUAAAGUUAGCAAAUUAUCAAAUAGCGUAACCAUAAUAGGUAUUAAUGAUAUUGAUAAGAAAUGUUGGUUACUCCCGUCGGAUAAAAUAGAUGAAAACAUUUGCAUUCCCUUGUAUAAUGUAACAAUAUAAUUUUUGUUAUGAAAUAAAUGAUUUUGAUAAAAAUUAAUAAUUCGUGUUAUUUGACUGCAGUAAUUGCAUGGAGUUUAACUGCAAGUUUUGCAUCAAAUUAUUCGUUUCUUUUGCGCAAUAUUCUACGCUAUAAAUUGCAUUAAUUUGACGGUUAUUUCUACGCAAUAUUCUUGAGGCUAAAUUGCAUGAAUAUGACUGUCAAUUCUAUGCAAUAUUGACAGUUUAUUUUACGUUAAAUAUCUAGUAUCUUUUCACGGAUUUUUGCCGGCCAUCAGUUGCUGCAAUUUAACUGUAUGACUUUUGCGUAAAAGUGAUAGCUUUUGUUGAUCGGGAAUGUAUCAUGUACUCUGCGAACGGGAUUGAAGAAUAUUUCAUCACUGACCAAAACAAGUCCUCCAUUCUGUCCUUGUUUCAACGUGCUCCUGACUUUAAGUUGUAUCGGUUUAGGAAGGACAGGGUAAAAAUAACGGCGAUGGGACAGAUAAACGAGAGACGGCUCCUUAUCGACGAGACGACCAGGUUGAAAGCGGGUUACCAAGGGGGGAGAAGGUCCAUCGCGGCUGGUGAUGGGGGUCAAGGAAAGAAAAGGGCAUCGUACGUUGACACUGUUCGACUAGGAGAUAAUUUGAGGAGAGCAACGCUGCUAAAUACGGAUGAACCACAAUUAGCCAAGAUUGGCCGCUUAUCAGUAGCAUCGAUAGGCAGUGCAGGGUUAGGACAGAAAUCCAACAGUGCAGGUCUCGUGCUGAGGCCAAAUUCUGAAGAGCCGAUGAAAGAAAAAGUGACCCAUGACCAUUUCUGCAUUGCUUUCGGGAAUGAGAUGGGACCAAACUUGAAAAUCACUGCGAUUGGGGGGCAUCUUCUGCUGAAUGAUGAUUUUAUCCGGAGGAGAAAGAAGUGUACGAGAGUCUGCUGUUCAGUGACGCUGCUGUGUUUUUCAGUUCUACUUGUCUUGGCCAUUGUUGGGAUCAUCGUUUAUUUUACGGCUUUCUGAAAACUAAGAGCCAUCCCCCAACGUCAAGAAGAUAAGAUCUCACCAUUGUGUAUAAGAUCACACCACAAUAAUCGGCCUUGUUUCUAUUUCUUCUCCCACCAGUCCCACCUUCACUCCCGGAAUAAUGCCACGAAAGUCCGUAGUGCUAAAUAUAUGUUAUUAUUAGUAUUUUCAGAGUGUGGUGACGGGCUUGUGAUUCUUCAAGUGUGCGAUAAUAAUAUAUUUUAAUAGAAUAGCGUUUUUAUCUCAAUAUAUUAAAUAUCUAAUCCGAAAUCUUCGAACGCAUACAUAAUUUUAAACCAAGGCAUCUUUAUUAUGGGAAUUUUAAAGACUUUGGCGACCCCCUGACGAUCGAUAAGAUCGAGGGCGUCAAAUUGCAUGGAAGUGGAACGUACUUGUCAUGAAACUUGAGAUUCUUGUUGCAGUGGGAAUGGAAACCGGUCGGGUCUGUGGCAAAGCAAAUCCACAUGUUUCAAUUUCGUCAUGUAAAUAUUAAAUAAUUUUUGUAUAAUUUGAAACUCGAAUUGUGAAUUGGUUUAGUAGAUACUAAGUUUCGAAUAGUAAUAAAUUAAAUGCAUUAAUGAUAAGAUUGUGA